UUAAGAACAUUAGCAUUAAAAGAAUUAAAAGAAAAACAUACAGAUCAAAUAUAUACCAUAACGACUGAUAAUGGUGCUAAUAUGCUGAAAGCAGUAAAACUAUUAGCUUCAGAAUAUGAAGACUCUGAUAUUGAAAUAGAAGAAGAUCAAAACAAGGAUAAUGAAAAUAAUUAUAGUGAUGAUAAUACAUAUUUAGAAUCAGAAAAAAAUGAAGGAAAUAAUGAACAUGAAACAGAUGACGUUUCAAAUAUUCUUCAAGAAAUUGAAACUGAAGAUUUAAACUAUAAUUUCCAAAAUAACAUUAUAACAGGAAUUAGAUGCGCAGCCCAUACUUUACAAUUGGCAGUUGAUGACGCUUUAAAAAGAACAAAAGCUACAUUACAUCUAAUAUCAAAAGCUAGAAAUUUAGUAAAAAAACUUAGAACACAAACAUUUAUUUACUUAAUAAAAAAACAAAAUUUAAAAAAACCUGUUAUUGAUUGUCCAACUCGAUGGUGUUCUACAUUGGAUAUGCUUGAACAUUUAUUAUUAUUAAAGGAUUAUUGUGAAAAGCUGGCUGUAACAAAAUUUCAGAAUUUUAUGACAUUAAAAGAUAAUGAAUGGACAAAAAUCGAAGAAAUAUGUGCAGCAUUGCAACCAUCAAAGAUUUGCACAAAAAAGCUUCAAGCAGAACAAUUAACCUUGAGUGAUUUUUUUGGUGUUUGGUAUGAAACAAAAAUGAUGACGGAAACAAUACAUACUCCUUUCGCUACACUUAUUUUGGAACAAAUGAUAUCUAGAGAACAAAAAUUAUUAAAUAAUGAUGCAUUAUUAUCUGCUGUCUUUCUAGACCCUCGAUAUAAAAUCUUGUUAGAUAAAACGCAAAUAGAAAAAGCCAGAAACCAUUUAAAACACAUUUGGACUAAAAUUAUAUCAUUAAAUAAUAAUGAAUAUUUAAAUGAAAAUUGUGAAAAUGAACAUUCUUCUUCAAAUUCAAGCAUGGCAGGCUCUACAUGUGAUGAAUUUGAAAACCUCUUAAAAGUAAAAGAACGACAGUAUUUAGCAAAUUCAAGUUUAUCAUCAUCCAAAGAAUCAGAUUUGCAUCUUUUACGUGUUGUAACAGAACUUGAAUCAUAUGAUGUUGAGCAAAAGAGACUUAAUAGAAAAACUAAUAUUUUACAAUUUUGGGAAGAAAAACGAAAAAGUCAACCUGAAUUAUAUAAACUAGCAAUGGUUGUUUUGUCUGUUCCUGCAACGCAAGUUAGUGUGGAGCGACUCUUCUCUGGAUUAAAAUUUAUUUUAUCUCCUUUAAGAACAAAUGUUAACGAACGUAUUUUGGAAAAUCAAUUACUUGUUAGAAGUAAUAGGAUAUUCUUUCGUAAAGAAAAAAGAACAAACCAUUCUAGCGAUGGCGAUAAAAACGAACAGAAUUCCGACUAUGAAAACGGACCGCUCAUGAAACGUUCCAGAAUUACAAAGAAUUAACUUGACGGAGUCGAUCGGCCAAUCUCCGCAUCGAGUAGCUUGUAUCAGAUUCUUAUUUGUACGUGUACGCUUGUAUGUGUGCGCGUGUGUGUAUCCCGUAGUCGUUCUUUUCUCCUACCGUCUUAUAUAUUAACUCAUCUCCGCCCAGCUGAUAUUUAGGGACGUCGUCUUUUGCCUUGCGACGCGUUAACGAUGUUCGCGUAUAUUUUUUUUAAAGAGAAA